AGCUCAAUCUACAAGACAAGAUCAUGCCAGACUCCUUCUUCUCGUCAACAAAAAACAGGAAGAGGAAGCGGUCUGUCAGCACGGCUGAGGGAGCUAGGGGCGCAAAGAAAAUCCUCCGCAAGGGCAAAUCUAGCUCUCAGGACUCAAAACUUAUUAAUUCAAGCACGAGAGGGGUGAGGAGAGCCGCGGAUGAAGAAUUGAACUCGGAUAGGACAGACUCGGAGGAUGGUGGCAUAGAUGACAUUGAAUUGCGCGCGGACGUCGAGCCCGAGACCAGUGGUGAUGAAGAUGAACAGGAAACCCCUGCGGAAAAACGAUUACGGUUGGCGAAACUCUACCUGGAAAGUGUGAAGGAUGGCCUAGCCGAUGGAGAAUUCGAUGCUGCUGAGAUCGACAGAGAACUAAUAUCAGAACGACUGCGACAAGACGUCCUGGAACACUCUGGCAAAGUUCACCUCUUUGUGGCAGACUUGUACGAUUUCACGUCGACAUCAUCCCUACGAUGCAGGGGUCACCGUUUCUCUGUUACUUCUGCAGUCGCGUCGGAAGAUGCCCAGUAUUUAUACACGUCAGGGAAGGAGGGGACCAUAAAUAAGUGGUGUCUGCAGUCCGGGAAAAAGAUUGCGACGUUUUAUAAACAGCGCGUUGCCAAAGGCAAAGAGAAGGCGCUCCCUCAAGAUAUUCAAGGACACACGGACGAGAUCCUCUCACUCGCCGUAAGUAGUGACGGUCGAUACCUCGCCAGUGGAUCUAAAGAUCGGAGAGUGGGUGUGUGGGAUGUAGAGAAGGAUGAAUGGGUGAAAGGCUUCGGAGGGCAUAAGGAUUCGGUUUCAAGCGUCGCAUUCCGGAAAGGCACACAACAAUUGUAUACUGGCUCGUUUGAUCGGACUAUCAAGUUGUUCGAUCUCUCAGUAAUGGGAUACGUAGAAACGCUAUUUGGACACCAGGAUACCAUUCUCUCCCUGGAUGCGCUUCGAGGAGAGACUGCUGUUACAGCUGGAGCAAGAGAUCGAACGAUUCGAUUCUGGAAAAUUGCAGACGAAAGUCAGCUGGUCUUUCGUGGCGGUGGAAAAAGUGCAAUACGGGAGUUGCUUGAAGGAGGCGCGUUUGAGGGCCACGAGGAUGAGGAACACGUGGAUGGGAUGAAGGUGGACGGUCCGAAAUCAAACAAAGGCAAGGACAAGAUGAAGGAGAGCAAAUAUGCGGAAGGGAGUAUUGAGUGUGUCGCAUUGAUUGACGAAACUACGUUUGUGAGUGGGGGAGAUACUGGCUCGAUAUGUCUUUGGAACACCCAAAAGAAAAAACCUGUUUACACACAAACACUGUGCCAUGGGUUCCAUGAAGUACAAUCAUCAACCGAAGGGCUCGUGCGAACACCCCGCUGGAUAACGGCCGUUGCAUCACUGCGCUACUCAGACAUGUUUGUUUCCGGCUCAUGGGAUGGCGAGGUGCGACUUUGGAAGCUCGACCAAAAACUCAGAUCAUUUUCACUGGUCGGCUCGAUACCUGCACCCGGUGUCGUUAACUCCCUGCAACUUCUUGUCUUACCCAGAGGCGCGCUGGACAAUGCCCCCUGGAGAGAAAAGGAACAGCGGCCUCCCACAAAGAGCCCAGUCCAACCUGCAUUAUUGGUUGUGGGGCUUGGACAGGAGCAUCGGCUGGGACGGUGGCUGAGCUUGAAGGGGGAGGGAGUCACGAACGCGACAACAGUUCACAUUAUAUAUCCCCGGACGUAGACGACACCGAACCUUAAGGCUUUAACGUUUACCAUUAUUGCCUGCAAAAUGAGACUUUAGGUCUACCUAUCAGAGUCUACUAGUACUACAUAGUAAAAGCAACGCUCAGGGGCUAAAAUUAAGUAGCCAGCAUCGUGACGGCGUGACAGCCA